CUAGGACACUGACUUCUACCAUAUAUAGAUUCCCACAGAAGAGCAGCACACCGAAGAAAAUGUCGACAUUCAGCAUACGGAAACCAUCACCAAAUCAGAGUGAUAAAAAGAGCCCCUCUGUUGCAAUCAAAAGCAGGCAACAGGCUACUCACGAUAUUAAUAAACGACGGACUCUUCUGCAGGACAGCAGCUGGAUAAAGAAGAGGCCCGAGGAGGAAAGUGCUGAUGAAAACUAUGGGAGGGCUGUGCUUAAUCAAUACAAAUCCCAAGACAGCCUACACAGCACUGGCACAAAUGAAAAGGAAGAUCAGAAAGCUGUACUUGGACGAUACAGGUCUGAUACUACCUUGGACAGGAUUCCAGGCAGCAGUGGCAUUGAUGAAAUGAACGAGGCCCCACCUCUGAAUAAUAAGCCGAGCAACAGACAGUCUUGGACUCCUAAUGCAGCAACCACAAACGCUGCUGCGACUUCUCCAAUUAAGAAAAAAAGGCAAUCUUGGAUGCCUCCUCCAGUUUCAAGUAGUAAGACCACAACAGAAACAGUGGAAACCAAACAGACCACUUCAGAAACUUCAGAGACCCCAAGAAGGGCUGAUGUAUCACCAGAACAGGUGACCCCCCAGAAAUCAAAGACUGAUGAGGGCAAUCAAGCUACAGCAAGGAGCCAAGAUCUUGAUCGUGUCAUCCAAGUGAAUCCAAGUUCUUUCACAAGUGACAAGGAAGGAAAGGACCUUGAGGAUUUUACUGAAUUAAAUACUGCUGGCCAGAAAAAUAAGGGAGAUGAUGGCCUUGGUGUCCACUCUGAAGUAAAGUCUGCUGAUGACCAAAGUAAAAAACAAAUAACUGAGCAAGCAUAUGAAAAUCCUCCAAGGACUCCAAAUAAUCUCCCUGAAACAAGGUACUCCAGUGCCAGUGAAAGAAAGAGCAGCAAAUCAUCCUGUGGUGCCUAUGAAGAAAAUGUAACUGGAAAUACUAUCAAAACUGUUUACUCUACUUCUGAUCGGAGCAUAAUUGGAAAAGAUAUAUGUACAUACUGCAGGAAGCCCUUGGGCAUAGAUGCCAAAAUGAUCUUAGAUGCCUUGCAGAUUUGCUGUCAUUCAACUUGCUUCAAGUGUGAAGUAUGUAAAAGGCCACUGGAGGAUCUGAAAGCAGGAGAUAGCAUUUGGAUCUACAGACAAACUGUGCACUGUGAGCCCUGCUAUUCUAAAGUUAAAGAAAAAUGGAUCUACUAGUUCUGACAUACAGAGAGCAUGAUAAAGAAGUUCCACUAGUGUUUAGCUAAGUGCAUUGUCCUGUUAAUUCAAACUCUUAUGAAAAUGAUUAAGUGUUAUUGCUAGAAACAAAUGCUUUAAAUGCAGGCCUACUGCGUGGUUCCCAAAGGCAUUAAGUUCUUGAGGGUUUAGGUGCCUCUUCACACACAUGCCAGGAAGCAAAACAAGCUACUGUUCAGUAUACUCAUCAGAUUUGUGAAACUGUUAAAUGCAUGGAAAACUGAUGAUCAUUUAUUGACAUCUUCUGACCAUCAGGACACAGUUGCACCUAUUUGUGAAGGGGCUGUAUUCUCUUUACUGAAAACACAUCCCUGUAGGUAUCAAGAAUUGUUAUCUUUGUUUAGCAUGAAUGUGACUAAUCUCAUCACAGAUCAGUCCUUUCAAAGUCAGCUAUUCAAUUUAAACUCCUCUUUCCUUAGAAAGUGAGGUGAAUUCACUCUGUACCUUUGAGGAGAGACAUCUCCAGAGUAAGAUUCUUCCCAGGUAAAUUAAAUGAUAACAAUAGGAUGGAACGAGUCCUCUUUGGAAAAUGCAUUGCUAUUUCUGUGGAGGGAUUCUAGACAAAACUUACUAGAGAGUUUUAAUUAGAAGUAUCCCACUCCAUGUUCAUAAUUCUGGUAACUUCUGUGUUACCAUUUUCUUAAAGAAGUACACGCUUCAUAGUUGGAAAAAUGCGAUGAAAUACUAACUUUGCACAGCACUGUGUUGUGUUUGUCUUUCCUACUUCAUUAAUCUGAUUAUCUCAGCACCUUGGCUGGAUUCGUCUUGCCUAAAUUUAAAUAUCUACAGCAUAGACAUUACUUCUAAGCUACUUGAUCCAUUCUGUCUAUAUAGUUCUAUAGCCAAGUAGACAUUUUUAGGAAGUGACUCAGUUGGCUAGACUGCAAACCUCUCUUCCACCAUGUACAUCUUGCUUUCCAAUGCUCUGCAGAGGAACUGGAGUGAAGAGUUCAGGUUUCUAGACACUUACAUUAGACCAGAUAAACUCUUUCCUUCGAGACUAUGAUGAUUUUUAUUUUCACUUUUGGACAGUGUGUACUGAAGUAUAAAAAUGGAAAGAAGAGUUCAUGCUUUCUCCUAACACAUUGUGCCUUGUUUGCCUGAAAUAAUAAAUAGUUCAGUAGUUUACUGCAUAGAGAAAGAUGCUGACUACAGGUUUCUGCCAUGAGAUGACUUAGAUUGUGGUUAUUCAGAAAUGAUUUUUCUCCCUUACAUCUCUUCUUAAAAGGACUUCUUGUACAGGACCAGGUCCGAAUUAGAGUGCUUGGAGGCUGCUGGUCCUGAGCAAGAGCUUAGAAAGGUGAAAAGCAUCAAAGCCAUAGGCUAAUAUUAGACUGCUGAAGGCUGUCCCAGUCAAACUUUCUCUCCCUGUCUGUACAUUCAGGUAGUGGCUAGAGCAGGUAUGGAUGUGUGUGUAAUUUAAACCUUUAGACCUGCAGCUGAAUAAUUAUGUAGUCUGUCUGCUCUGGCUUAACAGAUGUUCAGACUGAUACACAAAGGAGUCAAGAAACAGUAGAUAAAUUUGUUUUCUUAAUUUUAUGCAAAUGUCUUAUGAAUCAAUGGCAAUAGCUUUAAUUUAUUGCUACCCUUUCUUCACCAGGAAAAAAAAUGACACUUGAACAGCAGAUGGAGAAAAUUAGCAGCAAAAUUUUGAUAUUUGGGUUACAAAUUUCAUUCUGUUCAGAGGCCAACAAUUCUUCUUUAGGCUCAGCUGCCACCAAAGAUGCUAGCUGCUCAUGUGAGCCUGUACAUUAGAAUCCAGGGCUUCCUAGUGUUCAAGAUGAUGAGAGAUUUAAUUUCACUCCACUAGACUCCAGGAGCAAAUUCCGCAUCCAGAUAUCUGCUCCUUAAACGCUCACUGACAAAGAAGUAGCAAAUAAGACACAAUAAAUAAUAAUUCUGUGCUCAUUAACUCAUCCUUGCUGAACAGUCCUAAUUUUGCCCUGUGUUUUUUUGUUAUUUUUUAUCACAUGUUGUUAAGUUUGCUGAAAAGAAACACCGGGUUUGUGGCGCUUGAUAGUUACCAUAUAAAAGCAGGCAUGGCAGUACUCAUUAAAAAAAUCAUAUUAACAUCUCAA